AUGGACCGGAACGUGCGACUCACCUGGCUGCUGCUGCUGAGCACUGCCCUCCUGUCCCAGCCAGCGAGCGGAACCUGGUGGAACCAGCAAGACGACGAUUCCAAAUCACUAUGGGACAAAUUUGCRGAUUGGUUCAAAGAUAAAUUUGUACCCAAAGCGUCAGCAGCACAACCCCAACUGAGGCUGGAAUCUGGAGGGCACCGAUGCGCCGGGAGGGUUGAAGUUUAUCAUGCUGGAAAAUGGGGCACGGUCUGUGAUGAUUAUUUCAAUAUGAACAGUGCCAACGUUGUGUGCAGACAACUGAACUGUGGCCAAGCUGUCUCUGUGCUGGGACUGUCUUACUUUGGCCCCAGUGGCAAAGGCAUCCAGUUGGAUGAUGUGCAGUGUAGAGGAACUGAAUCCCACCUUUGGGACUGCCGGCACGCCGGCUGGGGCAAGCACAACUGUGGACACAAUGAGGAAGUUGGUGUCAUCUGCUCAGAUGCAAUGCCCUCUACGGCUGCACCAACAGGUUCCUCCCCUGCACCCAGCUCAACCCCGGCACAAAUUGAAACAUCUCCAGAGAUUUUGUCAACCCUCGAGAAAGUUGUGUCUUCUGAACUCAGUACUGCUGCAGGUGAAAUCAGCCCAUCAGCUGCCAAAAUCGCAGCCACAGAUGAUAAAGCCUUUGAAAAUAUUGCAGAACCGAAUACGACUGCUCCACUCGCAGCAGAUGAGACCACCACAGCUGCAGAAAUCCUUUCCACAGUGGCUGAAGGUAAACAGCAGCCUCUGCUAGUCCUGCACCAGCAGACAUUACCAAUGCAGCAGUAUCUACGGCUGCACCAGCAGACACCACCACUGAGAGAAUUUAAGAGAUAUCCUUGCAAGCUGUUUUUUUGUGUUUGCUGUUGUUCAACAGGGGUGCCUCRCUGUGGGGCUUCACUUCAUGAGCCAAACAAAGCAUUGAGGAUUGAACUAAAUGCAAAUGCAAACUGCAUCUGGCAAAUCCAGAGGAAUACAAAUCAAACAAUUAGGCUCAUUUUCUCCCAUUUUAAAUUUGCUCCUUCUUCAAGCUGUGAAACAGAAAGCAUUAAAGUGUUUGAUGGCCCCUCCACYAAUUCACCWCUYCUUGGACAAGUGUGUGAUGACACUSWUGCAGUCCCAGUGCUUGAAUCGUCUUCAGACAGUUUAACUUUUCUCAUAACAACCAAUUCUGUGGCUUUCACAMGAAACUUCUUUGUCUACUAUUACUUCUUUUCACCAGGAUCAAAAACUGAAAAUUGUGGGGGAGAAUUAACGGGUCCCAAUGGGACAUUCAGCAGCCCCAACUACCCAGCACCUUACCCUGGAUUCAGAUACUGUGUCUGGCACAUACAAGCACCAAAAAACUCGAAGAUAAACUUACAGUUCCAAGAUUUUUUCUUGGAAUUGGACAGAAACUGCCAACUAGACUUCACAGCAGUYUAUGAUGGCCCCACCACUGACUCUAGAUUAUUGGGGAAAGUGUGUGGUCGUGCCCAGCCCACAUUUGAGUCUUCUUCAAACAUGAUGACAGUUGUACUGUCCACAGAUGACGCCACCUCCUACAGAGGAUUUUCAGCUCAGUAUUCCAGUGUUCCCCUGCCAGCUCCCGUGGAUUUCAACACAACCCUUACCUGCCCUUCAUACAGCAUGAGAAUUGUUCUGAGCAAAUCUUACCUGGCUUCCCUUGGUUUUAGUGAAGCUCACCUGCAGCUCAACGAUCCAUCUUGCAGACCAACUGUAACAGAUUCAGAAGUGAUCUUCUCCUUCCCAUUGGCCAGCUGUGGAACAAUUAAAAAGGAAAUGGCUGAAAGCCACAGUAUCACUUACACCAACACCAUAACCCUGGCUCCAGCUGGCAACGUCAUCACCCGCCAGAAGAACACAGAGAUCAUUGCAGAAUGCAGAAUCAGCAACAACGCAACCUUGGAAGUCAUUUACGUGACAAAAAACAAUGCCAUCCAAAAAAUAAUUGCUGGAGGAAGGUACAACAUCAGCAUGGCCUUCUACGAGUCAGAUUCCUUCUCCAAACCCAUACAAUACUUCCCAUACUACGUGGACUUGAACCAAACUCUCUAUGUUGCUGCAACUCUUCAUUCCACUGACCCAAAUCUCCAGGUGUUCAUUGAUACCUGCACAGCAUCUCCACAGGAGGAUUUUGGAUCACUGACAUAUGACUUAAUCAGGAAUGGCUGCAAUAAAGAUGACACUGUGGUAACCUACCCAGCAUUUGAAAACCAUGGAAGAUUCAAAUUUCGGGCCUUCAGGUUCCUGAGGAGCUUUCCAUCAGUUUAUCUCCAGUGUAAYGUUGUGAUCUGUGACAGCAACAACACUGAUUCUCGCUGUGCCAGAGGCUGCAUCACCAGGCAGAAAAGAGACAUUGCUCCAUACACAUGGAAAACCAACACUGUAGWGGGCCCCAUCCGCCUGAAAAGAGAUCUCAGGGCUGCUGAGCACUCAGAAUCCUUCAUUGAAGCAGAAGCUGAAAAAACACCAAACCUGCAACAAUACAACUUCUACACUCUGGCUUUUGUGGUUUUAAUUUCAAACAUUCUCAUUGUGGUAGCUGUGAUACUAAAACAUCACAAACACCAAGCACGAUACAGCUACAGSUCCUUUUAA